GCUGCGUACGGCGUGUGGACGAUUCAGCGGCCUGCAGCCAUGCGCGGCUUGGCGGAGCGGGGUUCCUGCACCCCAGCGGCCCCGUGCGGGUGCACUCAGCCGGCCCUGGAGACAGGAAAUCUUUUAACUGAGCCAAUAGGCUACUUGGAGUCGUGUUUCUUGGCCAAGAAUGGUACUCCAAGGCAGCCGUCCAUUUGCAGCUACUCCAGAGCCUGUUUGAAGAUCAGAAAGAGCAUCUUUAAUAAUCCUGAGCAUUCCUUGAUGGGCCUGGAACAGUUUUCUCAUGUUUGGAUUUUGUUUGUUUUUCACAAAAACGGCCAUUUGAACUACAAGGCAAAAGUACAGCCGCCUAGGUUGAAUGGGGCAAAGACUGGAGUGUUCUCCACAAGGAGCCCACAUCGCCCUAAUGCAAUAGGACUGACGCUGGCCAAGCUGGAGAAGGUGGAAGGUGGCACUGUAUUCCUGUCUGGAAUUGACAUGAUACACGGCACACCCGUUUUAGACAUAAAGCCCUACAUUGCUGACUAUGACACACCACAGAACUUGGAGCCUCUGGAGGACUUGAAUGUGCAGCAUAACCACCAUAAGCCUAGGGCCGCAUCUCAGUCUGAUGGCACAGCUGACAGUUGUGACCAGCGGCUGCUCCCAGGGUGUGAGAAUGCACUGCACUGCCAUAGCGCUGAGGAGAAACUGAAGUGCCUUGAAGACAGGACCCCAGAAGACACCUCCCAGAAGCCCAGAGAUGGCACAGAAACCCGGCACACUUUGCCUGGGGACAGAGAGAGAAUAGUGGGUGUGGCGCUGGAAUCAAGCAGAAGUGCCGGUGUGGAUGUGGCUGAAGAGCAGUGUGGCCCACAGAAUCUGAAGAACUUUCUGGACAAAGGCACAGAUAGGUCAAGGAACAUAGACCGUGCCGUGGUCCUGCAGGGGAACAAUGCAGAGACACAGUGGACUUCCUUCCAUGCCAGGACAGCUGACAGAGCGCCCUGCAGUGUCGUCCCUGCCUGGGUGAAGGAGGCCCCUGCAGCCUCGUUACAAGUCCGGUUUACUCCUCAUGCGGAGAUGGAUCUGAGGAAGCUCAGUUCAGGAGAUGCGGGUCAGAUGUCAUUUAAAUACUUCCAGUCUGCAGAGGAAGCCAGGCGUGCCAUCGAGGCUGUGCUGUCGGCAGACCCCCGGUCUGUGUAUCGGCGGAAGCUCUGCCAGGACCGCCUUUUCUUCUUCACUGUUGACACAGCUCAUGUCACCUGCUGGUUUGGCCAGGGCUUUGCCGAGGUUCUGCAGAUUAAACUGGCUUCUGAGCCUGUUGAGAUGACUGACCCUGAGGAGUCCUUGGUGGCCCUGGGGUCUUGAGCCCCAUCGUGUAUUUAGAUGGCCUAGUUGAUCUCUGGGUGAGCUGCUUUUGUCCUUUUACUGCUUCAGUUGGUGCCUUUUACAAUAUUUAUUUCAAGGAAAUUGUUGUUUGAUUUUGGCUUUGGUUUUGAUUUUUCAAGACUAUUUUCUAUGUAGCCCUGGCUGUCCUGGAACUCCAGGAUAGACAGACUGACCUCAAACUCACAAAGAUCCACCUGCCUCUGCCUCCACUGUGUGCCCUCAUACCCGGUGAAGGAAACAUGUGUUCAUCAAUGUCCCCGAGAGCUGUGAGGCACAGCGUCCCCACCCUGUGCUUUCCUCCAGUGCCGCAGACUCCCAAAGCGCUGCUGUGGGUAACUGCCUGGGAACUCUCAUUACUGGUGCUUGACACAGAGAACAUUCUCCUUUAUUUUAUUGGUUUUUCAAGAUAGGGUUUCUCUGUUAACUCUGACUGUCCUGGAACCAUGCUCUCUAGGCCAGGCUGGCCUUGAACUCAGAUUCACCAGCCUGUGCCUCCUGAGUGCUGGGUUUCCACGUCACAGCUGAUCCAUUCAUCAGUUCACACUGACUUUUCCCACUCAAGAGCCUGUUGUAAAUCACACUGAGAUGUGUGACCAAAUAAGACCAAGUGACCGUAGCAAUCUUUAUGGAUGAAAUUCCGGCUUUAGGGUGACAUUGUUACACACACAUGCAAACAACAAAUCGGAGCUCCUUGAAUAUCCCUAGUCAGAAAGGAAAACUACCCCCUCCCCCACCUCAAGUGAGUGGCUACUGGUUUGUCUCUGACUCUGCUAAGAAGCCAUGACUCAGCUUUUGGUGAUUACCACGAGCCGAACAAAAUGUGGGGCAGAGUUCAAGGCACACACUCACAUAGCCCAGGCUGUCCUGGAACUCUGAUCCUCUUGCCUCGGUCUCCUGGUCUCUGAAGCAUUUCGUGUCGCAAGUCAUGGUUUGUGGAGGAAGUAGACACACGUGCCAGAGUGGAUACAGUUUGAUAAACUAAUUAACACCGCACAGUUGUGUGCCGCGCAGGAAGCAAUUACAGGGGUGUGUGGCUUGUAGGUGAUUUUAAUGAGGCGCUCUGAGAUAACUGAAGAUUUACGAUCGGUGUAGCCAAAUUAGACUCCUGUCAACUUGGUACUCUUUCCUAAUCACAGCUACAGAUCUCAGAGCUGAUUGAUCAUGGUUUGGAACCAGCCCAUGGCCUGUGGGAACUUGUGCAGUCAUUGGCUGACGCCAUCCCACUCCUGAGCUGUCUGCUGGGUAGCUGUCGUUUCCUUUGACACUGCUUACAGUGUUUUCUGACAAGAUCUUAAAUUUGAUUUUUCUAAAGCUUUUUUUUUUCUUCUGAAAUACAGACUGUAAGAAGUUGUGAAAAUAACUCAGAGGUCCCUUCUAGCCUUUCUGGUCUUCCGGUGAAAAGAUCUAAAAGUAUAUUAAAGUAUUACAGUGAAGCAGUUGGCAUUGUAGGGCCUAUCUUAUAGUCUGCUUCUGAUGCCUUUGUGUGUGUUCGUGUGGGUGUAUGUUGUGUGGAUAUGUCACAUGUAUGUGUUUGUGGGUGUAUGUUGUGUGGAUGUGUGCACAUGUAUAUGGA